UUUCAUUAUAAUGUCAUCAAAAAAUUAUGGAAAAAAUACUUGCGGCACGCCGCCAUAUGUUUCAAAAAUUCGUUUUGAAAAUAAAAUAAAAAAAAGAAAGCCUCCAAAAAUUUGCUCAGAUUGUAAAGAAACGAGCGAUUCUGUCAAACUUUUUUCUAAUAAAGUAAAUAAAUUAGAAGAAGUUAUUGACAAUUUUUAUAAAAAUCCCAUAAAAAAGAAUAAAAAUAAUCAAUUUUCUAUCUUCAAUGCAAAAUUUACUUUAAACAAUGUCCCCUGCGAGUUAGAAUACGAUUUAUCAAAAUUUUCUUUAGAUAAUUUACAUAAAUUGGUUAUUUUUACAACUCAACAUUGCAAUAACAAUAAUAAAUAUUCAUCUUCUAUCGAAAAUAUUGAUAUAAAUAAUCACUUUCGAUAUUUUCCACACAAACACAAAUUUUAUGCAUUAAUUAAGAUUUACUAUAUUAAGAAAUUUACUAUGAUCAAUUUGUGGCUUGUACAUUCAU